CACUGCUAACACAUACUAUCGUGGCUUAAAUGCGGCACCACUUCAGCUGAACAAAGUAUAAUAAUCUACCCCUAUAUCCUUAUGAAGAAUGGCAGGUUUUCAACAGUUUGAUCAAGACUUUUACCAGUCAGGUUUUAACAUUGAUGAACAAGGACAUGAACCCUAUAACUGCCAGACCCGAAGCCAUCCCUCUGAAAACAUUGAUGCCAGUGCAGCAAAUCCAGGAGUUUAUGCAUCAGAGCAGGCUUAUGCAGAGCAGGCUUAUACUGGACAGAUCUUCCAGCCCACAGACACCUCAUCUUACACAGGAACGGACAGUUCUGAUGCAGAACCACCGCUGCUGGAAGAGUUGGGCAUCAACUUUGAUCACAUCUGUCAAAAAACAUUAACAGUGUUAAACCCAUUCAAACCAGUAGAUGGCAGCAUCAUGAAUGAAACAGACCUUACAGGACCGGUGGUGUUUUGUUUGGCACUUGGAGCAACUUUGCUGCUGGCAGGUAAAGUUCACUUCAGCUAUGUGUACGGGAUCAGUGUUAUUGGGUGCUUUGCAAUGCACGCAUUGUUAAACUUGAUGAGCAUGUCAGAAGUCUCUUGUGGCUGUGUGGCCAGUGUCCUCGGAUACUGCCUUCUUCCAAUGGUCACUCUGUCCAGCUGUGCUGUGCUCUUCUCACUGAAAGGUAUCAUUGGGACUAUUUUGGCUCUCAUAAUAAUUGGAUGGUGCAGCCUAUCAGCUUCAAAAAUCUUUAUCUCCACAUUAGCUAUGGAUGGACAGCAGCUUCUCAUUGCCUAUCCAUGUGCUUUACUUUAUGGAGUCUUCGCUCUUUUGACAGUUUUCUGAAAUUAACUUUUACUUCAAAUAUUGUAUUUACUGGAACUUAACUUUUACAAUAAUUGAACCUUGUACAUGGAAGUUGAAUAGUAUGGCAAUCUUAAAAAUGGUUUUUAUCAGUAUACAGACCUGUACUGUGCUCAGAUUUCCUGAACUUUGUAUGAUGUUUGCACUCAGAAUCAGUGUGUAUCUUAUUAAAAUUG